AUGGAGCCUACUACUCCGCCCUUGCGGCCCGUAUGUACUCCCACCACUCCAGAAUCACCAUCGAACUCUAAGCUCGACCUCGAAAGCUAUUUUGAUUCAGAAGCGAAUGACUCAUCUGCCAGCUAUACUGGGUUACCGAAUGCUGAAGCUUCUUGCAAUGGGCUACCACCCACCCCUGCAAAAACUCCUAAAAAGCGACUGUUUCCUUCUUUACUCCGAGAACGGAACAAUCAAACAAAUGAACCGAUCGAGGAAGAUGCUGGUAAUAAUCCCUUUUUGGGUCCGCCUGCGCCAGCUGAAGUGAUUGCGAAACGGAAACGUGAAAUGGAAGUACCACCUUCUGACGGUUUAUUUUAUAUUUUCCGUGGAAAGAAGGUCAAAAAAGUGUUUUCAGAAGGAACCGACUUGUCAUCAUUAAAACCCAGGCGAUUGUUUCCGGAAGCCGCAAGCAGUUCCUCGGCAACACCUUUAUCUGAUAGGAUUGAUUCUUCACAACAUCCUCAUAUCGGUGUUCUUCCUCCAGAGUAUAAUCGUGAACAAAAGUCCUUAUAUGGAUCGUCUUCUCUUUUUGGACCAACCACGGCUACUGCUACGUCUUUACCAUUCCGAAAUCGUGGUUCCCAUCCGCCUUCCUCCCAUACUUCUUCAUUUAGCAGUGGAAGGACUCGACAGCUCCCCAGUGCUGGUCGCUGGUAA